ACUGGCGCCACCGCAAUGGCGUGACGUCAGGGCCAGCUACCAUCCAUCCAUCUACUUGCAUCCAGUUAUCCACCCGGUUACCAAUUUUGUAUCAUCUGCCGGUGCUGCUGGUCUACUGCUGGUGUGCAUCAGAGCCGUGAUCUAGAACGGCACGUGUUUCCCGGCUAUUUUCAGGUGAACGACAUAUCUCACGAUGCAAGUCACUUGUGCUGUGCUUCACAAAUGCUCGUUGAAGCACUAAGGGUGAGCCAUGUGGCGGAAACCGGCCGUGAGGAGUCUCGAAGUAGUCGUGAGGACAAACUUAAAAGGCUGGUACGCGGAUCACGAUGUGCGCCAAUGCGCUAUCUUUUUGGCGCGUUCUCGUACGAGAUCCGGUGCUGCGAGGUGUUCGUGGCGCGCCCUUUGUACUACCUCAUCUGCCGAAGAGAACAACCAAGUGCCCAAGAAAACGCCAGUUGUGUCUUACAUGGGGCUGGGUUUUGGCAGAGUGCGGCAAACUCGACGUGAGCUUCUCCGGGAGGCCACCAAGCCCAAAAUCGAAGACGGCACCAUCCUUCCAGUUUAUUUCUCGCAGCUUUGGGAAGCGGACCGGCAGCAGUUUCGUAAGUUGUACCCAAAGCUAGCAGAUGCUCUCGAGAAGGAAGAAAAGAGCGACGCACCCGUCGCUCCGAUCAAAGAGGUGUACCAGUACCCCUUCCAGCAGUUCGGAGUUUUUCGGGAGCAGAGCCCGGACAGUGAGCGGGCCGAGACCGCUAGCGAGAAGCUCGACGUCCGCGCUUACGACGUCCUGCAGAAGCGAGAUACCGCCAUCUCUGGGUUCAUUCAGACGCUGGAAUCAAGUCCGACGCGCGAAGACAUAAGCGAGGACAUAGAAGAACUCCGGGCAGAACUGUGGCGAACCAACUACGGCAGCGCGAACCCGUCGGUACCGGCGAGCCGGGUGCCCUGUGGCGGGUGCGGCGCGUUUCUGCACUGCACGGACGUUUCCAUUCCGGGCUUCAUGCCGUCCGAGGUGUUCGUGAGUCUGAACGAGGACGGGCUGCGGGCGCAUUCGUGCCAGCGCUGCCUUUACCUCCAGCAUUACAACACUGCCCUCAACGUGAAGGUGGACCGUGACGCGUACCUGACGAUGCUGGCGCAGGUGCGGGACAAAAAGGCGCUCGCUUUGCUUAUGGUGGACCUGACGGACAUGCCGUGCAGCCUGUGGCACGACGUCACGCAGCUGCUGGGACCCAGGCAGCCUGUGCUCGUGGUCGCGAACAAGGUGGACCUGCUGCCCUGCGACACGCCUGGCUACCUGGCCAGGGUUAAGGCGUGUGUCGAGCAAAACCUCAAGGAUGUGGGCCUCGUGCAUGGUGUCAAGGGCGUCUGCCUCAUCAGCGCCAAGACUGGCUAUGGGGUGGAGGACCUCAUCAGCCAGCUGCACAAUGUGUGGCGCAUGAAAGGUGAUAUCUACCUGAUUGGCUGCACCAAUGUGGGCAAGUCAACACUAUUCAAUGCUUUGCUUCAAUCAGACCUGUGCCAAGAGAAUGCCUCGGAUCUGAUUCAGCGAGCUACCACGUCAGUCUGGCCUGGCACCACUCUGAACCUGCUCAAGUUCCCCGUCAUGCGGCCUUCCGGCUGGCGCCUGCACCUGCGCCUCAAGCGGCUGGCCAGGGACGGAGCCUUGCUGCAACAGGAGCUGGCCCAUCGCAGGCAGAUGUACCAGACGACCAAGAAGCCCCAAUAUGCCACGCUCAUUGGGAGGAUUGGCAUGACAUUCAAGGCCAAGAAUUCAGACUCUGAAACGGUUGCAUUUCGCAAGCCCUACAACUCCGAGACCUCCAUCUUCAAGCGGUCUCACUUUUGCUACGACACACCGGGUGCUGUCUACAGAGAUCAGAUCUUGGACAUCCUGACAUUGGAGGAGCUGCUCAAGGUGCUGCCAAAAGAGAUAAUCACUCCGAGAACUGUGCUGCUGAGGCUGAACCAGACGCUUUACCUGUCUGGUCUUGCGAGGGUAGACCUACUCCAAGUGCCCCGGUCAAGGCACAUCUAUGCGACAGUGUUUGCGUCGCCUCAACUGCCGAUCCAUAUAGUGGACACGCCCGACGCGGAGGAGUUCUAUCGCUCCCACCUGGGCACGGAGAUGCUGGGGGUUCCCUUGGGCUCGGCCAAGCGGCUGGUCGACUUUCCCGUCCUCGAAGGCAAGGAGCUCACCUACGUGGGCCAGGGCUGGAAGUCGAGCUGCGGAGACGUGGUUCUCUCGUCUGCCGGCUGGAUUAGCUUCACCUUCAACUACGGCGAGGAAGCCACGGUGCGUGCGUGGACUCCCGAAGGCCGAGGCAUACACCGAAGGGUUCCUGCCAUGUUGCCCGAAGCCGUGCAGCUCAAAGGCAGGCGGAUCCGUGGAACUCCCACUUAUGCCAACCGCAGCUGCACUGCCCUGUGGUAGUGCUCAGAACCUUGCAAAGAAGAGGCUUCAAAUUCUGGGGCCAUGGAGGCUCGCCGCACAAGCAAGGUCAGCGCAAGUGCAUAUCCUUUGUGUCAUCGCCAAAGUCUGCGGGCCGAAAAAUCCACAGUACCUUGCCGUACAAGGGGAAGCUGAAAUGCUUUUAAAAUACGCUCUGUAAACAUGAAUUUGCGUUCUUGUAGUUGCCAACAGUUGUAGAACGACAGGCUAGGGUUUCAGUUGCCGCAUCUCCGGCUCAAGCCUGCAGACUUCCUCGUGCACAUUCGAAACGUGCGCGGCGACAGGAUGCCACGGAAAGUAGAAAACUCGCUUUGGAAAGAGGCCGGUGUGUGUGUUUUCUUCCUUUUGUUCUUGAGUCUAAGGUUUUCAAGAUGUACAAAACCUUCCCUAGACUCGAAAAGCAUUCAGAAACGUUGACGAAUUAUUGAUAAGCAAGAAUGAAAUACAAUCACGCAAACAGGUGCGUCUGCCCACUCUACAAUGGGCUUAUUGGUACAAAAGUUUGCACAAGGCAGUUUUUCAGUGCCAAACAGACUCGGGCUAAUACAGUUUAUUUGGAGUAAGAUCAAGCUUCCGUGAGCAUGAGCCAAAUGAAUAUUAGAUCUACGGGAAUAACAGGGGUCGACAAGGUGUUCGCAGCCUUUUCAUUCGACAUUGGCAGACAAAGCACAAAGUCGAUUCCACCUUUGCGUUUCUCCUAUUCGGUACUUUGGUGAAUUACCACAUACAGUGCAAUCCAUUUAUAGCGAGAAUGAGAAAACCCAAAAAUGCAAUCGUUAUAACAGAUUAUCGUUGUAUCUGGACUAGAAACUGAUCGUUAUAAGCGGUAUAUCGUUAGAUGUGGUAUCAUUAUAAGUGGAUUGCACUGUAUUGAAAGUGCUUCAGCUUCCCCUAAAGCAGUGAUUGUAACAUUCUCUCGUUGAAUGGUCAGGAUAACAAGAGGGGAGACGAUACAGGCACUAUUCUUGUUUGUACGUAUAGUGACUCAUUUGAUUUGCAAAAUUGUUUGUGCAACCUGAUCUUAGAAAACGCCUCAGCUGCACUAGCCUGGAUUGGUGCUACGCUUUGAGCACCGGUGCAGAGUGUGUAUCGAACUUGGGUUUCUGCUGUUACUGUUCUAGAUAGGCCUCUGUUUUGCUGUUUGUUUUAAUAAAAAAUAUUUAUAGUCACAUGCAAA